GGGACCGGAAAGUCGAAAGUCAUCCAGACAAUCACGGAAUAUUUUGCCUAUAAAAGGAUGAAAUACAUGCUGUUGAAAGCUGCGUAUACGGGAGUUGCAGCAUCUCUUAUCGACGGGAAAACGACGCACACAAUCACAAUGAUCUCGCAAAAUGACUCGGUGAAGCCUAUCAGUGACGAGGUUAGAGCUAGAUUGCAACGGUUUUGGAAGCAUUGUUCCUAUCUCAUCGUCGACAAAAUUUCCAUGAUU